GAGGCGGCGCAGCCUCCUCCCCAGGCCCGCGAAUCCGCAGCGGCCUCCUCCGCAGCCUUCCGGCCCGCCCCGGCCCCCCUCCCCCCGCCCCGGUGGUACGUUCCGGUCCGCCUGGCACGGCUGCGGCGGAGGCUGCUAGAACCCACGCGGAGGAAGGAAGAGACGCAGGCUUCGGGGACCCCUUCCCCGAGAGACGGCACCAUGACCCAGGGAAAGCUCUCCGUGGCUAACAAGGCCCCCGGGACCGAGGGCCAGCAGCAGGCGAACGGUGAGAAGAAGGAGGCUCCGGCAGUGCCCUCGGCCCCGCCCUCCUAUGAGGAGGCCACCUCCGCCGAGGGGCUGAAGGCGGGGGCCUUCCCCACAGCCCCUGCAGCGGUGCCCCUGCACCCCAGCUGGGCCUAUGUGGACCCCAACAGCGGCUCGAGCUACGAGGGCCGUUUCCCCGCCGGAGACCAUGAGCUCUUCACCACCUUCAGCUGGGAUGACCAGCAAGUUCGCCGAGUCUUCAUCAGAAAGGUCUACACUAUCCUGCUGGUCCAGCUGCUGGUGACCUUGAGCGUCGUGGCUCUCUUUACCUUCUGUGACCCCGUUAAGGACUAUAUCCAGGCUAACCCAGGCUGGUACUGGGCAUCCUACGUUGUGUUCUUUGCGACCUACAUGACCCUGGCCUGCUGUUCUGGACCUAGGAGAUAUUUCCCCUGGAACAUGAUUCUUCUGACCGUCUUUACCCUGUCCAUGGCCUACCUCACUGGGAUGCUGUCCAGCUACUACAACACCACCUCGGUGCUGCUGUGCCUGAGCAUCACGGCCCUCGUCUGCCUCUCCGUCACCAUCUUCAGCUUCCAGACCAAGUUUGACUUCACCUCCUGCCAGGGCGUGCUCUUCGUGCUGCUCAUGACGCUCUUCUUCAGUGGGCUCAUCCUGGCCAUCCUCCUGCCCUUCCAAUACGUGCCCUGGCUCCACGCAGUGUACGCCGUGCUGGGAGCAGGCGUGUUUACAUUGUUCCUGGCGUUUGACACUCAGCUGCUGAUGGGUAACCGACGCCACACGCUGAGCCCCGAGGAGUAUGUUUUCGGAGCCCUCAACAUCUACCUGGACAUCAUCUACAUCUUCACCUUCUUCCUGCAGAUUUUUGGCACCAGCCGGGAGUGAGGAGUCCUCCCACCACCCUCCCCCCGAGAAUGCCCCGCGCUGCCCUCCGCCGCCCUGCGCCCCUGUAAGCCCAGAUAUAAACUAGCCGCCAGCC